UUCCGAUAUUUACAUGAGUACGAGAACUUUACAUAUUAAAUAAGGUUUCAUGAAUGGCUAAGUAAAAGAACCAGCUAUGAAAAGCUUUUAAUUUGCUAGAAAAGCUUUGAUAGCAAGAAUUGCCAAUUUCAAAUACCAACCAACACCAACCGAAUAGAGACAAAGCGUUAGACAAGCGAAGUCAAAUUCCUGCAUAUAAUCUGAAUACAUUACCCUACAUCCUUGAGGCGCUCAUCCUUGAGACCUCGACACAGACCUAGUACAAGGAGCCAAGGUGAAUCGAUCAAACAAGGAUUUUGCCAUGGCAGCCAGUCAAAUCAACAAAAGCUGAAUUAAAGCAGGUCAGCAAACUGACAGCCAGCGAAGUUUGUUGUGCAGGAAUUUCCGAGUUGUCAGAGUCACAACAACCUCGGAAUGAGUGCCAACAAAAUCUUUCUGCGUUACUAUCCGCCAGGUGGGAAAGGUCAUUAUGCAGAGGCUUUAAUAGAUACUAAUUUGUAUUGGGUUAUCCUAGGACUGGCCAUAAACUAUCGAACAGCAAAGGGCAAUGAACGACUGCGUCACUUUGAUCUACUUGACCUAGAUUCAAAAGGCAAUAUUGAACCGCUGGCAGACCGGAUUCUACUUCAAACUAUAGCCGAAGCGGAGGAGGAAGAUCAAAGACCUGGAAGUUCAGGGAAGGCUUCACCACCUCGUCCAGUCAGCGGAAGUGUAACAAGAUCGCAAAACACCUUUAGUGCCUUGAAACAGGCUCUGGAAAAGCUGCAGAGGAAGCUUCGUGAACCAGUCAAGAAGAAAUUCUAUCUCCACAAGUGCCACAACUCGCACAUUCUGCCCUUGACAAAUGUGUCCUUCGAUCGGAGUGGUGAACGAUGUCUCACUGGAAGCUAUGAUCGCACCUGCCACGUGAUCAACACCCAAACGGCCCAGGUGGAGCACAUCCUCACGGGCCACGACAAUGUUGUGUUCUCUGUGGGCUUCAAUCUUCCUCACUGCGAUAAAAUAGUGACUGGAUCUUUUGAUGGCACCGCCAAAGUUUGGUCCGCCAGCAGUGGCCAGUGCCUGUGCACUUUCUUUGGCCACUCUGCCGAGUUGGUGGCCUCUGAGUUUCAUCCGAUGCAUUCGAAUUCCAUAGCCACCGCCUCCAUGGAUGGAACAGCCCGAAUUUACGAUGUGGAAACUUCCCAUGAACUGCAGCAACUCAGCCAUCAUGGAGCAGAGGUGAUUGCAGCGCGAUACAAUCGCGAUGGUCAGAUGUUGCUCACUGGAUCAUUCGAUCAUACGGCAGCUAUCUGGGAUGUGAGGAGCAAAAGUCUCAGCCAUCAGUUGCGGGGUCACAGCGCAGAGUUGUCCAACUGCAUCUGGAACUUCAGUGGAUCGCUGAUAGCCACGGGCUCCCUGGACAGCACUGCGAGGAUCUGGGACAUUAGAAGACUGGAUCAGCCACUUCACUUGGCUGCCAAGCACAGUGACGAAGUGCUCGAUGUGUGCUUUGAUGCAGCGGGCAGACAUUUGGCCACCUGCAGCAGCGAUUGCACGGCGAGGGUUUGGAAAGUGGAGGGAUCCGCCGACCAGCUGGAGAUGCUGUCCCUGAUGGCAGGGCAUGCGGAUGAGGUGUCCAAGGUGUGCUUCAGUCCCAGUGGCUGCAUGUUGCUCACAGCCUCGGCGGACAACACGGCUCGCCUGUGGCUCUCGGAAACCGGACAGUGCUCCCAAGUUCUGGCCGGGCACGAAGGUGAGGUGUUCAGUUGUGCCUACAGCUACUCAGGAGACGCCAUUCUCACCGCCUCCAAGGAUAACACUUGUCGUUUCUGGAGGUGAUACGACUGGUACACAGUGCAGCUGAACGACUGAUCAAUCGACUGAUUAAAA